AUGGAGAAAAAUAAAAAGAAGAAAUCUUUGAAGGGAAAAGUCAGGAAUAAAGAAGAUGUUAAAAAUGAUAAAAAUAUAUUAAAAAAGGAUAAGAAUAAUAAAGACAGCUCACAUGGUACUAUUAUUAAUACUAGUGAUAAAGAUAAGGAUGAAUCAAAAACUAAAGUUUUAAGAGAAGAUAAUAUUUUUAAAAACACUGAUAAUUCUGCCACUUUUUAUGAUAAAACAAGUGAUGUUAUAAAUGUAUUAUAUGAUUAUAAAAAUAGUAAUUUGAAAAGUUCCCAAAAUAAAGACAAAGAUAUAAUUAGUAGUAAUCAUGAAGAUAUAAUAAAUAAUACUUUAAGUAUAUCAAAUAAACUAAAGAAUGACGACAUAUUUGAAAAAAGUAUGCUGCUUGUAAACAACAAGUUGGAAUGUGAAGAUACAAUCACAUUAUUAGAAAAAGAUAUUAAUGUUAAUAUGAAUGAUUAUGAUAAUAGUUCUGAAAUUAUAAAAUAUAUGGAGAAUUUUAAAGAAAAAAAAAAAUGUAUGGAUAAUGUAACUUUUUCUAUGGGAUAUAAAAAAGAAGAUAACAAGGAAGAAGGGAAGGAAAAGGAACCGCAUGAAUUAAAAAUGAAAAUAGAGGAAAAGGAAACCAUAUCAUACAAAUCAAAGAAAAAGAAAAAAAUGGAAAAAUAUCAUAUCAGUAAUGAAGAAAAAGAAAAGGUCAUGAAAAAAUACAUGCUAAAUUUAGAAGAAAAAUAUCGAAAAAAAAAAGAAGAAGAUUUAAAAAAAAUUGUAGAUAAAAAUAAAGAGGAUAUGAAAAAAUUUAAAGAGAAAGAAAAUACAUUUGUUAAUUUUUUGAAAAACCCAAGACUAAAUCUAUCUAAGGAUGAAAACCUGAACGAUUACUUGAGCAUAUAUCCCAAGACAAUACAAUUUGUAGAUAUACGUAAAAACGAAAUAUUUAUCAAAGAAUUAUUGAUUACCAAUAAAAGCAACAUUUUAUUACACAUUAUAAUUAUUCCUCCAACAUCAAAACAAUUUUAUAUUAAAGAAAUAAUUAAUAUAUAUAAUAAACAAGAGGAAAAUGAAAAAAGUAAUUUAAAUCAUCAAAUUGCACCAGGACAUUCAUUAAAGAUUAAGGUAUGUUAUAAUGUGGUUAGUUUGAAUUAUCAGGAAGAUCAUAUAAGGUUACUUUCUGAGGCAGGAAAUGAGAUAAUUGACAUUAAAGUGUUUCACUCUAUCCCCAAGUUAAUAUUUGAAAAAGUCUUAAAUUUCGGACCAAUCCGUCCCAAUGAGAAAAAAGAGAAAUCAUUUGGUAUAAAAAAUAACGGCAAAGAUAUCAACCUUUUAAUAUGUCCGAAGAAACUAUUUCAUUUUUACGAGAAGUUAAAAAAGGUCGAAGAAGAAAAAAAAAUUUUGAAUUUAUUGUUAAAAAAAAAUAAUGAAGAAACUAAUGAUAUAGAAGAAAUUAAUGAAAAGGAAGAUACAUAUUAUAUAUAUAAUAAUGUGACAAGUUAUUCUCAUAACUUUUUGUUUUUAUAUAAAAAAUUUGUGAAUAAUUUUAAUACUUUAUAUUUCGAAAAAAUAUUACAAGAUUUGUAUUACAUCCAUUUGAAUAGUUCAGAAGAAAAUUUUGUUACUUUUACAUUUAAAUGUAAUAAAAUUGGUAUAUAUCAAAAAGACUACUAUAUAAUCACUGACAAUGAAUGUAACUUGAAUGAAUUAGAAAAAAACGAAAAUGUACCAGAUCUAAUUAAUCUGAACAAAUUAAAUAUUUUUGAGUUCUCUAUAAAUGUUAUAGUGGAACCUGUAUUAUUAAAUUUGCUCUUCUUAAAUAAUAGGAUGACACAUGAGAUUUAUUCGAAUAAAAUAUCAGAAUAUUUAGAGAAUAACGAAAAAGACAAUUUAAAUUAUUUCCUUCAUUGUAGUUCUUUAUAUGCUUUUAAGUUUUCCGAUGUACAAAUCAAUAGUGCUUAUAAUUAUAUGGACAUAGAAAUUUCGAACAACGGUUUAUUAGAUUUAAACGUUGUAUGUAGUAUAUAUAUAAAAAGUUAUGAUAAUAAGGACAAGGAAUCUAUAAUUUUAAAUAUUAAUAAUAAAGGAAUAUAUUAUUAUGAUGAAUAUUUUAAUGAGAAUUGUUGUGAUUCUUUGUACAAUGAUAUAGAAAAAAACAAAAUUAUUUAUGAUAGCAAAUAUUGUAAGGAUAUCGAAAUAUAUGAAAAAAAUAAGGAUAGAAAAAAAUUAUGUCCCUUUUAUAUAUAUCCAAGAAAAUUUAAUUUAUCUUACAAAAGUCGAAAGAAAAUAUUUAUUAUUUUUAAGCCAUUAGAAAGACAUAUAAAUUAUCAAAAUUAUUAUUUUAUUUUGUCUGUUAAAAAUAUAAACAAAGGUUGUGAUUUAAAUAUCAUGGAUUUAUUUAACAUUGCUUCGAAAACAAGACAACAUGAUGAAAUAUGCGGAAUUCCGUUGGUAUGUAUUAAUGAAAAAAAUAUAAUUAAAAGGAAAAGGAAAGAAAUUGAUAAGAAAGAAAAAGAAAUAUUGAAAAAGAAAUUUGGUAAGAAAAUUUCUAAAUAUUAUAAAUCAUCUACAUCUACAUCUUCGAAAGCUUCGUGUAUAUCCUUAUGUGAUGAUAACAUAACAAGUUCUAGCUAUUCACAAUAUAGUGAAUCCUAUUUAAAAAACAAACAAACGAAAAAAACAAAAUAUUUUAAUAAAAAAGAAAGAAAAAAAAAUUUCGUAUCUCUUUUAAUUCCUUUAUAUGCAAAUAUAAUUGAACCAAAUAUAAAUAUAAAAGCUAAAAAAUUAUCCAAAAGUAUUUUUAUAAACCCUUUAUAUCUAUACAAAUGUUCAUUUACAAUGAAAAAUAAGAAUAAUUUUUAUAUCAAUUAUUUCUUUCCACUUGUUUUGAAUUAUAGUGAUAAUAGUAGUAGGGAUAAAAAAUAUUUGAUGGAACAUAUUAAUAAAGAAGAGGAAAAUAAAGAGAAAAAUAAAGAAAAAUAUGAUUCUAUAUAUUAUUAUGAUUAUUUUGAAAUCAUAAAAGAUAUAUAUGUGAAGAAAAGUAAAAAUAAGAAAGAUGAGAAGAAAAUGUCUACUUAUAAAAUGACCACAACGAAUGAUAACAAUAAUGAUGAUAAUAAUAAUGAUAAUAAUAAUAAUAAUAAUAAUAAUAAUAACAAUAAUGAUCAUAAUAAUAAUGGUACACAAUUUUGUCGUAUAAAAAAGAAGAAAAAGAAAAAAGAAAAAAAAAACGUAUCCACCACAUAUAAACAAUGUAGCGAAAAAAUAAAAGAUGAUAAGAAGGCUAGUGACAAAUACGAAUACUAUAAUUAUCUUAAUAGUUUAAAUAAAAAAUUAAUAAAAUAUUUUCACAAAAAAGGAGAUAGUGAUAAGGUAAGUAUGUAUGUGUUGGUUAAAAACGAUGUUAAUGAAAAUUUAAAAAAUGAUACUUUAAAAGAAAAUGAACAAAAAUACGAUAAAUUGAAAACUAAUGGAAAGAGAAAAAAUAUUUUAAAAAUAGAAAAAGGUACAUAUUUUCUUAAACCAUAUGAAAAAAAAAAAAUCGUUUUGUAUUUAUUAGUAAAUAAAUAUGGAUAUCAUAAAAUAGAUUUCAAGAUAUUAUUUUAUAUGGAUAAUUAUAGAAUGGAAAAAACAGUUACUGCUAAAAUUUAUACAAGAUAUAAAGGUCUUCAUUUUGAUAAAGAUGCUUUUAUUUUUAAAGAUAGUUUGUGUCAUUAUAGUUAUUGUAAUAUUAUAAAAGUAAAGAAUUUAGAUAAAGACAUUAAAUUUAUUUCACUUGAUCAUGAUAAUAAAACUGAUAAUAAUAAGAGACCUUUUUUUAUAGACUGUGGAUUUAUUUCUUUAUAUAUGUUAUAUUUAUAUGCAUUAAAAAAGAAAGAUAAAAAGAAAAAAUGUUGUCCCAGAAAAAUAUGUACAAAUAUUAUGAACAACAUCCAAGAAAAAAUAGAUAGCGAACAUAUAGAUCCUAAAUGUAUUAAGAAAGAAGACAAUAAUAUUUAUAACUGUUCUCUAUGUAAAUGUACAUUUAAUUUUAAUAAAAUAUUUCAUUUUUUUGAAAAGACGUAUCAUGAAAAAUAUAAAGAAGAUAGAGCAUAUAAUUUUAUAUAUGAUUCUAAUGAAUAUUUAAUUCAAUACAUAAAUAAAAAUAUAAAUAAUCAUGUAAAAAAUUUAAAUAUUUUGGAGAGUAUUUAUAAAUAUAAAAAAAAGGAAAAUAUUUUUAUACAUAAUAAUACUAUAGUAUAUAAAAAUGAAGAGCACGUUUUAUUUUAUCCGUCCAAUUUUUUGUUGCUUCCGUUAAAAGAGGCUUUUUUCUUUUUCUUCUUUUUUUUCUCUCACGCGGAAAGUGUACAUUUGGAGCUUGGUGUAAAAUAUAAUACUUUUCGAAAAGACAUUUUUGUAGAGGGUGAAUGUAAGAGGCACUGCAUUAAAGUAAAGUAUGAAAAAAAAUUUAAAAAAAAAGAAAAAAAGAAAAAGAAUAAUUAUGAACCAUGUACCGAAUAUAAAGACAACUUAAUGAAUAAGGAGAACGAAAUAGAUAUAAGGGAUGAUAUAAAAAUAGAAAAAAAGAACAAAAAUGAUGAUAAAAAGGAAAUCAGUUAUGUUGGUAUAUGUAGUGAGAAAAAAUAUUUUGAAGUCGAAAAUUUGAAUGAAUUGAAAAUUUCUUAUGAAAUAUGUAAUAGAAAAAAUGGUUAUUUUGAAUAUAAUUAUUUUAAGAAGCAAUAUGUUCUUGUUUUUGAUAAAAAUAUAAAUAUAGAUUGUUAUUAUGAUAAUUUUAGUACGUUUAAAAAAAUUAAUAACUUAGAAAUAAUAAAAGGAGAAAAAAAUGGUACCCCUGAUAAUAUAUUACAUAAUAUGAAAUAUAAAGGGAUACAUGAAAAAAAUGCUGGCACCAAUAAUAAUAAUAAUAAUAAUGAUAAUGAUAAUGAUAAUAAUAAUAAUAAUAAUAAUAAUAAUAAUAAUAAUAAUAAUAAUAAUAAUAAUAAUAAUAAUAAUAAUAAUAAUGUUAAUAGAGUGGAUUGUUAUAUUAAUAAAAAUCAAUGUAAUGAUAACAAAGAUAUUCAACAUAAUAUCCUUGCGUGCAUAAUUUUUUGUGAUCCGUCCAUACAUACAAUAGAAGGACUUGGAUCAAACAAACACGCAUUCAGAUUAUUAUUAUUUUAUGAUGAAAAUAUAACCAAAUCUAAAAACUUUGUAAACAUAACGUUUUCUGUUAAUUUGUCAUAUUUUAAUUAUACUGAAGUUAUCAAAGUAUACUCAGAAUUUUAUAUGCACACAUUUGAUUUUGUAUAUAUAAAUGAAAAGAAUUUAUUAUUGUCUUUAUAUUUAUACAUGAAAAAGGAAAUAGAAGAUAAAGAAAGAACACACAUAAAUAAGGAUAAUUUAGAGAUUGGUAAAAAGGUGGAUGAUUUAUCUGAUACGUAUUUUGAUGAUAUGAUAAACGAGUUGGAUUUUAUGAAAGCAGAAAAAAAUAAAUCAUCUGAAGAAAAUAAUAUGAACACAAAUACUGACUUUGAUAGAAAUAUAAAUAUGGAUAAAAAUAAUAAUUUAAAUAACAAAUGUGAUUACACGUGUUUAUGUAAAACCUUUGAUGGUAUAAAAAAUUAUUAUAAUGUGGAUGAAAAUGUUAUUGAUCAUUUUAAAGAUUAUAUUUAUGAAAUUAUUUGUAAUUUGGAACAUAAAGAAAUAACAAAUGAAAAAAAAAAAGAUAAUGAAAAAAAAAAAGAUAAUGAAAAAAGAAGGGAUAAUGAAAAAAAAAAAGAUAAUGAAAAAAAAAAAGAUAAUGAAAAAAAAAGGGAUAAUGAAAAAAAAAGGGAUAAUGAAAAAAAAAGGGAUAAUGAAAAAAAAAGGGAUAAUGAAAAAAAAAACGAUAAUGAAAGAAAAAACGAUAAUGAAAAAAAAAACGAUAAUGAAAAAAAAAGGGAUAAUGAAAAAAAAAGUCAUAGUGAAAAUAAUAAAUCCAAAUUUGUUGAAAAGACAAAUGAUGAAUUUAUUAAAAAUACUAUGUAUGAUGAUACUUGUUAUAACAUGAAGAAUAUUAUGAAUGAAAAUAAUUUUUCUAUAAAUUAUAAUAAUUAUGAUAAUGAAAUAUAUAAGAAAUGUAAGACUUUUAUUUGGAUACACAAACUUCUUCAUUGUCUUAAUAAUAUGAUUGAUUAUAAAUUUAUUCAUUUUAUUAAAAAAUAUAAGUAUGAAUUAUUUUAUGAAUAUGAUAAAAUAAAUAUAUUAAAUGUAAAAGAUAAAAAUAUUAUGUGUGAAAAUAAAGAAAAUACAGAAAAUAAAAUUAAUAUGGGAAAUAAAAAGGAAUUAUGUAAAAUAUAUCAUUUUGAAAUAAAUAAAGAAAAUAAUACUUUCUAUAUAAUAAUAAAUAAUCCUAAUAAAUAUAAUACAAGUAUAAAAAUAAACUCAGAAAAAAGUGAUGUACGUAAUAUAAUUAACAAUAUAUAUAAUUACUGUAUACACAGCUUGAUAAUUCAUAAGGAAUGGUGCGGUAUGAGCAGAAUUUCUACAAAUAAUAUGGAAGAUAAUAAAAAAGUUGAACACAUUUUGAUGGAUAGUUUUAAUUUGCACACGUUAAAUGCAAAGGUGUAUGAACAAUUAAAACAUUUAAAUACACCUUAUAUUAAUAUAAGAAAUGAUAAAAAUAAAAAAUAUAAUGAAAAUAAAUUUUAUAUGUAUUUUUAUAAUAUAUUAAAAGAAAAAAAAGAAUAUUGCUUGAAUAUAAAAAAAAAAUUAUUUCUCGAUUUUUAUAUAGACAUAUUUUUAUUCAAUCAUUUUAUAUAUUCAAAUAAAUGUUCAUUCAUUAAACUUUAUUUAUAUUCUGAUAAUAUUAAUAUAUAUAAAGAUAUUAUUUCGCUCAAUAUGAAUAAUUCUACAUAUAAUAAUCAAAUUUUUAUAUUUUCUAAAAUUAAAUCCUUACAUUUUGUAAGUUCGCAUAAAGUAAAUAAGGAUAAUGACAAAGCAGUCUUUCUAAACCGUCUGUAUGUAGAUAAAGAAAUUCUUAGAAACUAUGCAAACAUGAGUAAAUCUGAAAAAAAUGUUGAGGUUCGAAAGCUUGCUGAAUAUUUUGAUCAAAUAUUAAGACCAUAUGAAUUUAUUAUAUAUAAUUCAUGUAGUAUCAAAAAAAUACUUACAUGGAAGAUUGAUAAAAUAUCAUAUUUGAAUCAGAAAAAUGAACAUCGAGAUACAGAAGCAGAUUUAAUGGAAGAAGAUAAUAUUUAUGCUUCUAACAGUAGAGGGAUAUAUAAUGGAAAUGCUGAAAAUAUUGGAAACUCUGAAAGUUUUAGGAAUGCUGAAAAUAUUGGAAACUCUGAAAGUUUUAGAAAUGCUGAAAAUGUUGGAAACUCUGAAAGUCGUGGAAGGGCUGAAAAUAUUGGGAACUCUGAAAGUUUUAGGAAUGCUGAAAAUAUUGGAAACUCUGAAAGUUUUAGGAAUGCUGAAAAUGUUGGAAAUGCUGAAAAUGUUGGGAAUGGUGAAAAUGCUGAAAAUGGUGAAGACGCUGAAGAUUUAGAAAUAUUUAGGACAUAUUAUGUAGACACAGAAGAAAAUGAUGAAACAUCUUCUAGUAUGAGUAGCAUUAGUUAUAAUGAACAAAAUGAAAUCCAAAUUAAAUAUUCAGACAAUUAUAUAAAUGAAGAAGAGAAAAAAAAAUUUCAGUUAUCUUUAGAAGACAUAUUAUAUAGAGAAGGAAAACAUGUAUUUAAGGUUACAUGUAAUUAUAAUUAUAUUGAAAUAGAUAACCCCAAAAGAGAAUGUGAACGUGUUUUACAUAAUGAUAAUAAUAUAAUGGAGAAGAUCAAGAAGAAUUUUUUUAUGGAAUUUUAUUUGUCCAUAAUGGUUGAGAAGCCAAAGAUUUAUUUAUCAUAUAAUAAUAAAAUAUUUUAUAAUAAGAGGAUCAAAUAUGAUUAUUAUUACUUUAAUAAGAAGGCCUACAAAAAAAUAGACAGUAUGUACAAAAAGCAGGGAAUUAAUGAUAUUCUGUAUAAAAACAUAAAUGAAAUAAAUGAAUAUUUUGACAAAACAUUUUUAAAGAAUAAAAAGUUGAAGAUAAACUUUAUGAAUAAUAUGAAUAUAGGUUUUUUCACAUAUAUAUGUUCGACUAAAUUUUUUGACAUCAAAAAUAUAAUUAUAGACGACGAAACAUUUGAUCACACAAACACGAAAAUAUAUCAUAUAAAAUGCAAAAGCAAAAUAUGCCUUGACCUUGAAAUCAACCAAGACAAAUUGAAGAAAGAAAAAAUACGUCAGGGUAGUUUUCCAAAUAAUGUUGUUGAAUUGAAAGAUCAAUUGGAUAAAAAAUACAUAUACGAGGAUUUUAUAAUAUUUCAAUAUUUAACAACCAAAAAGCCACAGAAGUUUUGUAUAGAAUUUCAUUAUCACAUUCCAUAUAUAAUAUUAAAAGAGAAUAAGUAUAUAUUUCAAGUAUUUAAUAAUUUGAAAAGACAAAAUCAACAAUUCAUACAUUGUAGAGAUCUUUAUGAAAUUGAGAAUAAUUUACUCGAUAAAAUAAAAGAAGGAAAAAUACAAUAUAAUGAAAUUGAAAUGAAGGAUAAUGUAUAUUAUAUUAAUUUCUUCUUUGACGAAUUAAAAAUGUAUAAAUCAUGUCUCUUUCUAUUUAAUAAAACAAAAAUACCAGCAAAUUGGGUGAUAAAUGAUGAAGAAAUGAUGAAUAAGAGUACAUCAAUGUUUAAAUAUGGAGAGAAUCAAAUUUUUCAUUUCAGUAAAGAUAAAGGCAUUUUAUUUGGAAAGACAUAUGAUAUGGAUAAUGUUGAGGACGAACAAAUUGAAAGAAAUCCUUUCUUGUGCCCUGAUUAUAUCAUCAUUACAUUUACGCCCACUAGCCUUAGUAAUGUCACUAAAAUAUAUUGCAUCAAUAUUUCACCUUGCGAAAAAAUAUUUUUACAUUUAAAAGGAUGUUAUACAAAAACAAAUUGGUAG